AUGAAGUCAAUUUUAUUACUAGUAGCCCUUAUCGCAAUGUUAUUCGUUUCAACUGGCCAAGCUGGAUUUUGUAAUAUCAUUGGGCCAUGCCCAACUGGACAAUGUUGCACCAGUGUUCUUUUUGGAUAUUGUCAGCCAUUAGGUGUUUUAGGUGGUCCAUGUAACACAAAAACUGAUAGUGAACAUUUCUGUGGUUGCGAAAAAGGUUUAAAAUGCGUUGACAGUGUUUGUAAAGCUUCUUCUUAA